GCUUAUUUGUUUACGAGAAUUCAGGGUGGCAGGGUCCAUCCGGAUCAUCAGCGGACUACAGAACAGCUACGCUGACGGAAGGUAUCGAAGCUGAUAACAUUCAUGUUUACAUUACGGCCAGCGUUGUGGUUGUCCUGUGCCCUUAUGACUCUGUGACUUAAAGCUAUACUAUACAUGAAGAAGUUAGGUCGUGAAAGUCGUCAUGGAAGACAUACAGGAACCACUGAUAUCGUCAGCAGACCUGAGGAUGGGUCAAAGGGACGCCCCGAGAGUGCCUGCCUCCGUCUACCUGCUGGCGGCCUUUGGAGCCAUUGGGGGUUUCCUGUUUGGUUAUGACACCGGCGUCGUUUCGGGCGCCAUGAUUUUGAUAAGAGACGAGUUCAGGUUAAACACCGUCUGGCACGAGGCCAUCAUCUCUGCCACAAUUGGGGCUGCGUGGCUGUCAUCCCUGGUCGCCGGACGUGCGACUGAUCUGUAUGGACGUCGCGUAGUCAUCUUGUUCGCCAGCAUCGUCUUCUGCGUAGGGGCAGUGAUGAUGGGAGCAGCCCCAGAAAAGAUAACUCUUCUUGUUGGGAGAAUUAUCGUAGGAGUUGGAAUCGGUCUGGCAUCCAUGUCCGUACCAGUUUACCUCAGCGAAUCGGCGCCGUCCGAAUUCCGGGGUCGUAUCACAGUCAUCAACAAUGUCUUCAUCACAGGAGGCCAGUUCGUCGCUUCUGUUCUCUGCGGCGCCCUUUCCUACGUUCCUCAUGGCUGGAGGUACAUGUUGGGACUCGCAGGGAUUCCAUCUGUGAUACAGCUAGCCGGUUUUGUCUUUAUGCCAGAGAGCCCCAGAUGGCUGGUGUCCAAAGGGAGGGUGUCAGAGGCCAGGGAUAUCCUCGUGAAAAUCCGAUCUCCAGGCGCUGACAUUGAUGGUGAAUUACAGGCCAUAACAGGGGCUGUCAAUGAAGCACAGGAACAAAAAACAGGAAUUAGCCAAGUGUUGCGUUAUGGACCUGUAAGGAAAGCUCUUAUUGUUGGAUGCCUCCUUCAGUUGUUCCAGCAGAUCAGUGGAAUCAAUACUGUCAUGUAUUAUAGUGCUUCCAUCAUCACAAUGGCUGGGGUUAGGGACCAGUCAACAGCUAUCUGGCUGGCAGCAGCCACUGCUUUUGUCAAUUUCUUUGGCACAUUCAUUGGCCUAUACUUAGUAGAGAAACUAGGCAGGAGACCUCUUACCUUGGGUUCUCUCUUGGGAACAACUGUUUCACUGCUCCUGUUAGCUCUGAGCUUUCAGAUGGCAUUUGACCACAGUCCUGAAGCCAGUCUUCCAGUGAAUGGUACCUGCGAUUAUAUGUCAUGUGGAGUUUGCACAAGCAAAGCACAAUGUGGCUUUUGUUUCAUGGGGGAUGUUGACACUGUUCAUAAUUCAUCUUGCGUUCAAACCAAUGCCACAGCAUAUAAUGAGAGAAGUCUGGAAGGAUUCUGUUCCAAUUCAACUCUUCUGGAAGACCAUGUUGUCACCUACGCGUAUGACUGGUGCCCUUACAAGUAUGCCUGGUUGGCCAUUCUAGGAUUGGGUCUCUACCUCUUGUUCUUCUCACCAGGAAUGGGACCGAUGCCCUGGACGAUAAACAGUGAGAUAUACCCUGGGUGGGCACGUUCCACCUGCACAAGUUUGACCACAUCUGUUAAUUGGGCAUCAAAUCUUAUUGUCUCAUUCACUUUUCUUACCUUAACUGAGGUACUCCUCAAACAUGGGACCUUUUAUCUCUACAUGGGUUUGGCAGGUUGUGGCACCAUCCUCUUCUAUUUUGUCCUGCCAGAGACAAGAGGUGUCCCUCUCGAAGAAAUAGAGGGCCUAUUUUCUGGGCCUCUCUGCUCCCUGUCUCGCCAUACAAAGAAGAGAUAGUACGAUUUUGGUUGCUUAUAUACUGAAUACUGAACAUUUUCUUAAUAAACAAGGUUCUCUUGUAGAGCUGUGAUUGUUAAUAUUUAAAAAUAAUUUUAUUGAAGAACAGGGUGAUUUUUAUUUAAUUUUUUUGUUUGUCUAAUAAAACUCAGAGGUAUGUUCUGGGAUAUUUUUUCACUUGUUAGGUAUAACACACAAAUAUGUAUCAUAAUAUGUAUUCAGCAUCAGAACAAGUUUAUUUGGAACAAGACCAUAUGACCUUAAUUUCCUAAUCGAGCAUUCACAAAACAAACUGCCUAAUGUAAACAAAAAGUUAUUAAAAGAAUGAGAAAAAAAAUCCAACAGAAGACAUGACUACAUGCAUUAACAGUGGAUAGCAAAAAGGAAAUUAAAAUGAUUAAGAAUCAACUCUCUUCUGCUUGUCACUUGAAAAACAUUGAAUGACAUCAUCUACUGUACAUAUUCCACCUAUGUGUGUGUGUGUAUUUAUAUGUUAUAUGUAAAUAUUUGUCCUAUAACAAUUAAUUACUAAGUUAUGCCAGGAACAGAGGAAUACUGUACUUUGAAUUGUUUAUAUAAUACUGUAUACAAUUUAAUUAUAUGAAUUUAAACUGUGUUGUAUUAAACUGAUGUACAAACAAAGGCAUACAUUUUGUCCCUUUGGGUGAACAAACUCUUAACCAAAUUCAGGUAAGUGAUUUAUUGUACGAGUUAAGCGUAUCUUAGUUUAACCAGUGCACUGAGCUGAUUAGCAGCUCUCCUAGGGCUGGACCGAAGGAUUAGAUUUUGUUUAUGUGGCUAGGAGCUAAUUGGUUACUCAGCUACGGGACCUACAGCUUAUUGUGGGAUCUGAACCACAUUAUAUCGAGAAAAGAAUUUCUAACCACCAGAAAUAAAUUCCUCUGAUUCUGCUUUGGCAGCAGAGGGCAGUGAACUCAGGCUUCCUAAUUGAUAGGCGGGUACACAACCCACUAGUCCAGUGAGGAUCUGAUAUACUGUAUAAUUAAAGUAUUUAUGUUUAUACCAUUUGGCUAUAGAACUUUUUCUAGUAAAAGCAUUUUAAAAAAUAUUUCAAUAUAUUAUGGGAUACAUAAUCAGUUAUUUGAACCAGCCUACCAAUAUACAAAGUAAAUGAAAAGCAGCUGUCCAGAAAUAUUUAUUUUACCAAGCUUUUUGGUUACUUUGUAGCUUUGACUAGGUUCAAACUAUUUGUAACUUUGUCUUAAUAAAUUUGUAAAUACGUACUA